AUGUCUCUAUUGAAAUCCCAAACCAUCAUUACUCGUCAUCUUUGUGGAAUGAAAGGAAUAAGAAAACUGUUCCAACAACACCACUUAACAACAACAGCAAUAACAACCUCUUGCUUCAAUCAUCAAAUGAUGAAUAUUGGUGGAAAAGGCUUCAAUACAUCACCUUCUUGUUUCGGAACAUUUCAUUCAAAAAGAAAUUAUUCAACGAGUGGUGUGAUGCAUCAAAAAUAUGACCACAGUGGUGACAACCCCUCCCAUCAUCAUCAUCAACAGAACAACAACUCCUCGUCCCUUCAAAAAAAGAAUUUACCUCUCUCACAUUUGAGAGUUUUGGAUUUAUCUCGAGUAUUGGCUGGCCCCUAUUGCACACAACUUUUGGCAGAUUUGGGAGCUACUGUCAUUAAAAUUGAGCCACCAAAAGUUGGAGAUGACACACGUUCAUGGGGACCUCCGUUCAUGAAGGUAGAGGGUGAGGGAAAUUUACACGAGAAUCAAAGUGGAUAUUUUCAAUGUGCCAAUCGAGGAAAGAAGUCGGUCACUGUGAAUUUGAAAUCGAAAAACGGUCAACAAAUUUUACACAAAUUGGUGGAGAAUUGUGACAUUUUAAUCGAAAACUUUAAGGUUGGAUCUUUGGAGAAGUUUGGAUUGGAUUACAAAUCUGCAAAAGCGAUUAAUCCAAAUAUUAUUUAUUGUUCAAUUACUGGAUUUGGACAAGAUAGUUCAAAAUCACAUUUACCAGGAUAUGACUUUGUCAUGCAGGCAAUGAGUGGGGUCAUGUCCAUUACGGGAGACCAAAACACACCUCCUUUUAAGGUUGGAGUGGCCAUAACUGAUGUUAUCACUGGAAUGUAUGCUGCAGUGGGAAUUCUUUCCAAAGUGAUUGAAAAACAAAGAAACCACUCAAAUCCAGAGAAUGUGGAAAACUCUUCCAACAACAGCAAUGACUGGGUUGAUUUGUCUCUUCUUGAUUGCAACAUUGCCUACUUGGUCAAUCAAGCCACCAACUAUCUCCAAACUAACAACUCACCAAAACGAAUCGGUAAUCGUCAUCCCAAUAUUGCUCCGUAUGACUUGAUCAAAUGCAGCAAUGGUAACAUUGUCGUGGCUGUUGGUAAUGAUGCUCAAUUUCAAAGAUUCAUUUCAGUCCUUUCGAGUAAAUUAAAUUCCACACCAUUCAAAGACCUCGACAAAUUCGCCACCAAUGCACAACGAGUGGCCAAUCGAAAACAAUUACUGGAACAAAUUGAAGCAAUCACGACCCAAUUCUUUACUAAGGAAGACCUUAUUAACGAAUUGAACAAGCAAGAGGUUCCCUGUGGAUCUGUAAAUACAGUAGGAGAAGCACUCGCUGAUGCACAAAUUACGGAGCGCAACAUGAUUUGGACAUUUGAGAAGAGUGGCGAUGAGGAAAUUCAACAACAGUCAGCAGUGAGGACAAUUGGAAAUCCCCUCAGAUUCAUCAACGAACAGCACGAAGUAUUGAAUUUGAAACAAUUUUCCUCUCGACCACCCAUCUUGUCAGAGCAUACGGAAGAGAUUUUGAAAGAGAUGAUUGGAGCUAAGGAUGAAGAAAUUCAAGCAUGGAGAAAGGAAGGAACAAUUUAG